GUCUUUCCUUGGAGACGAAAAUACUAAUAACAAACAUGGCGGACGAGAAGCGCAAAAGUUCUUCUCUAAAAAAUUUGCUCGAAACUGUUUACGAAGUACAUAGAAAAGAUAUCAAAACCUAUACAAGUGGUCAUCUAAAUUCCAGUAAGCUGUUGAAACCUCAGCACCAACGCCACACUAAAUGGGAGAGUUCAGAUAAGCCACCAGUUAGACUCAAGUCUCCUAGCAAGCUUGUUGAUCUUCCAGUGAGGAGAGGGGAAUUAAGUUCUACAGAACUCAAACACAAGACAAUGGCAGAUCGUGUUGUUGAAUUUAGCCUGGGACCAAUCAGAAAUAUUGCACUUAACAAAUCAGAAUCAAGAUCACAUUCAGCAGAAGAUUUUGAUGAAAUGGUUGGAAAACAAAAGGGAACAUUAGACAAACCUACAAAAGACAAAAUACAUGUGGAGGAGUUGCAUCUGCCAGAGAUAAUGAUCCCUACAAUUAAAAAGAAAGGAAGCUCUCGAGAAAAAUCAAAACCAGAUGACCUGCGCCAUGCAUUUGUGGAGACUUAUUUGAGCUACCCAACCAAGGCGGACCAGUUUGAAAGCUUUAAGAAAUUUGGUGACCAGGUCAUGAACCUAGGAGAUGCUCAUGAUCGAGGUGUACUCACAGGAGAAAAGAAUGUCCGCAAUUUGGAGCAAAGGCUAGCAAAGCAAUUGGCUUCUUUGGAAACUGCAAGUCAGAAAGGGCCAAACUUUCACAGACUGCAGAUUUAUGACAGAUGUUUGGCUGAGAUUAUUGCAGAAUCCAAGACAUUUGGUCCGCUUCUACAAAGGAUAAAAGAUGAAUAUGACAGUUACAUGACAUAUUUGUUAGACACACAAAAGCCAUCACAACACAAAGUGCUUUAUCACCACAUUGAUAGCUUCUCAGAAAAUCCAUCCACCUCAGACAAACUUAAGGCUGAAGAGAAAAGAGUUGAAACUCUGGAAAGGGAAGCAAGGCAUCUCCUGGAAGAAAAUGCAAGAUUGGCAACGCUGGUGCGAGAAGCAGAGCAAAACGCUGCCGAGGAUUUGAAAGCUGAUGUUACAGUUGAACCUCAAGCCAAAGUGUCAGUCCAUAUUGAAGAAGUUCCCAAAGACCUUGAAGAACAAGUAGAAGAUUUACAUGCACAGAUUUUAGCCCAGUUGGACUGUAUGGAUGACAUCAAGAGACAUCAGAAAGAGUAUUGCAUACCCAUCACUGUCUGUCAACAUCUUGAACAGUGCAUUAAGGAAACUGAGGUUGACAUACAGAAAUUGCUAAAGCAGAAUGAAUUUCUGGAGCAAACAACUGAGGAGCUUGAGGAAGAACUGCAGUCAAUGCUAGAAAGUUCAAAAGUUGCAGAAAGAGAUGCUAGAACAUUGUGGAAACGCAUCAACACAGGUGAAGUCAUUCGUCUUGGAAACAACGACAGAAAGGAAAGUUUGAAGUAGCAGAGGGAGAGAUGAAGAUAAUCCUUAUAAAAUGGAGAUACUUUUGUAAAAGGGAAUUCUACAAAUUUAAACCUUGUACAUAUAAAAUUUAUUUAUUAUUUUGAGUAUUAAAAAUAUUUUACAGUGUCUAUAAAAAUGACUGACUGAACACUAAAUCAAAUGACUUGAGCUCUUUAACUGUCAACUUGCAGCAAUUUUUU